ACGAUUGGUGGUGGCGAUGAUGAGGCUUGAAAGUUACCGUUGAUUUGUCGGACAUCCUGCAGGGCCAUUUGUUUCCAGGAUGAACGCGUCGCUACGGAUUUUGGCUCUGAUCAGCUUAGCCGCGCAAAAUGUGGCUUGGCCGCAGGAUCCCAUUCCUAGACUGCACCUCAAACAUCGUGAGGUGAUUGGACAGCGGUUUCUGGGCAAUGAAAGCCACGUGGAGCACUUCAAACUUCUAGAACGUGCGACAACCUCUAUCCUGAUUGGUGCCAGGAACGCCAUUUACAACAUAAGUCUGCACGACCUAACGGAGAUCGCCGACCAGAGAUUGCAAUGGUCCAGUACCGAGGCACAUCGCGAGCUUUGCUACUUGAAAGGGCGCAACAACGACGAGUGCCAGAACUAUGUGCGGGUGUUCGGCAGACAAGGUCCCGAUCGCUUUCUCGUUUGCGGCACAAACGCCUACAAGCCGCUCUGCAGACAAUUCACGAUCAAGGACGGAGCAUACGUGAGUAAAAGUGAUAUGGACGGAUUGGGACUGUGUCCUUACGAUCCACGACACAAUAGCACAGCGGUUUUUGCCGAGGGACAGUUAUAUGCUGCGACGGUGGCUGACUUCUCCGGUGGCGAACCGUUGAUUCACAGGGAUAAAAUUCGCACCGAACGCUCGGACCUCAAUCAGUUGAACGGUCCCAACUUCGUCAGUUCAUUCGCGUAUCAGGAUUAUGUAUUUUUCUUCUUUCGUGAAACAGCUGUGGAGUAUAUGAAUUGCGGAAAGUCGGUCUACUCGCGGAUCGGCAGAGUCUGUCAGCACGAUAAGGGCGGGCCACACGCAUUUAGCGACAGAUGGACGAGUUUCCUGAAAGCGAGGCUCAACUGUUCGGUACCGGGAGAGUACCCUUUCUAUUUCAACGAAAUACAAUCAACGAGUGAUGUCACUGAUGGUCGAUACGCGGGAAAGUCUGCGCGUCUGGUGUAUGGAGUUUUCACGACUCCUGUAAACUCCAUCGGUGGCUCAGCUAUCUGCGCUUUCUCCAUAGAUAGUAUUCUUGAGGUCUUCCAGGGUGCUUUCAAACAGCAAGAAACUAUAAACAGCAACUGGCUGCGAGUACUUCCGGAAAAGGUGCCUGAGCCGAGACCCGGUGCUUGUGUCAAUGACUCCAGAACACUUCCGGAUAUCACUGUUAAUUUCGCCAAGGCGCAUCCUCUCAUGGACGACGCGGUGCAAUCCUAUUUUUCAUUGCCUGUGAUAACGAAAACCAGUUUCAAUUACAGAUUUACCAAAGUUGCUGUAGAUCCUCAAGUAAAGGCAUUGGAUGGCAAAGCGUACGAUAUACUUUAUAUCGGAACAGAUGAUGGUCGCGUUUUGAAGGCACUCAAUACACGUGCACCAGAGUCACGUGAUAAUGUUGGUCAAGUUAUUAUCAGUGAUGUCCAAGUAUUAAGAUUCGGUCAAGCGGUCAAAGACCUUUUGGUAGUUCAUUUAGCUGGUGAAGCAAGCAAACUGGUGGUGUUCGCGGACUCUGAGAUUCGCGCAGUUCCCUUACAUCAUUGUGAUUCGCCUGCUGCAGCUACUUGCAGGUCCUGCGUCGCCUUACAGGAUCCUCAUUGCGCCUGGGAUGCGACCGCGAAUCUUUGCGUGGCAGUAUUGACGAAACUUCACGACAACGAUGCCGACAAAACAUUGUUCCAAGAUAUCUCGACUGGUAGACACAGAAGCUGUGGACGUGAACCAGAGGUAACGAAGUCCGUCCAACCAGCGGUGGCGUCCGAAAUUGGGCGCGACGAGCAGCCCGAUGAACGGGAGAAUGAAAUCAUCAUCGAAUUGGAUCGGGAAAAUCAGUACGGACGUACACAGCCGAGGGCUAACGAGCCUCAAGGCGUGACUGUAACACCGGUGGUAUACUCGGCCCAAACGUUGACGGGCGCGCUAAUAGGGACCUGUUUCUGUUCCCUAGUGGCCGGUUUUGCCUUCGGUUUCUGGUUUGCGCAAAGACUACGCGGCUCAUCGUACCCGGAACCUUCCGAGCAACGGCAACAACUUAAUCGACUAACGGAAAGUUCGGAAUCGCCCGGAUUUAAUAAUAAGUCCAUCAAUUUAGUGUUGAAUGUACCACCCAAGAAUCCAAAUGGCAAGAACGCAAAUUCGUCCGCGGAGAAUAAGCCAGUACAGAAGGUGAAGAAAACGUAUAUAUGAUACAGAAGACGACA